CGGCGCGGCGCGGCGGCGCACUCGAGCAUGGCAGCGGCAGCGGCGGGAGGAGCCCCGGGUCCGGCCCCCGGCCCCGCCAGGCCCGCGCCGUCGGCCCGGAACCCGCCGGCGGUGCCGCGGAGGCGCGGGGACUCCCGGCGCCGCCAGGCCGCCCUCUUCUUUCUCAACAACAUCUCCCUGGACGGACGGCCCCCGAGCCUGGGUCCCGGAGGCGAGAAGCCACCGCCGCCGCCGCCACCUCCCACCGAGGCCCGCGAGGCGCCCGCGCCGCCGCCCGCUCCACCUGGAGGCCUCCCGGGGCUGCCAGCCAGGCCCGCGCCCCAGGGCCUGCUCAGCCCCACGACGGCGCCCGCCGGCCUCAGCUUAGAUGGGCAGCGCCAAAGGAGACGAGUCACAUCUCAGCGCUGUUCCCUUGAAUUUCUGGAAGACGCAGUGGGAUGUGCCUCGGUGCAGAGAACCAAGCAUGCGUCUGGAUCACCAAGACACAAAGGCCUGAAGAAAACCCACUUCAUCAAGAACAUGAGGCAGUACGAUACCAAGAACAGCAGGAUUGUACUCAUCUGUGCCAAACGGUCCCUGUGUGCGGCCUUCUCAGUCCUGCCCUAUGGAGAGGGCCUACGGAUCAGUGACCUGAGGGUGGACAGCCAGAAGCAGAGACACCCAUCUGGCGGCGUUUCUGUGUCCUCUGAGAUGGUCUUUGAAUUGGAAGGCGUUGAGCUGGGAGCAGAUGGAAAGGUCGUGUCUUAUGCAAAGUUCCUAUACCCUACUAAUGCCCUGGUCAUACACAAGAAUGACAGCCAUGGCUUGCUGCCCCAGCCUCGGCCCAGCAUCCCUCGGGCUCCACCAGGUUCAAGACACAAACCUGUACCUACCAAGUCAACACCAGCUGGCACAGAACUAGGAAGUGACGGGGGUGAUGCAGUAGAAUACAACCCCAACCUCCUGGAUGACCCACAGUGGCCAUGUGGGAAGCACAAGCGUGUACUCAUCUUUGCUUCAUACAUGACCACCGUUAUAGAGUAUGUGAAACCUGCAGACCUCAAGAAGGACAUGAACGAGACCUUCAGGGAGAAGUUCCCUCAUAUCAAACUGACAUUGAGCAAAAUUAGGAGUUUAAAACGGGAGAUGCGGAACCUUUCUGAAGAGUGCAGCUUAGAACCUGUGACCGUGUCCAUGGCCUAUGUGUACUUUGAGAAGCUCGUACUGCAGGGCAAGCUCAACAAACAGAACCGCAAACUGUGUGCCGGCGCCUGUGUUCUGUUGGCUGCCAAGAUCAGCAGUGACCUCCGCAAGAGUGAAGUGAAGCAGCUUAUUGAUAAGCUGGAAGAAAGGUUCCGGUUCAACAGGAAAGAUCUCAUUGGAUUUGAGUUCACGGUGCUUGUGGCUUUGGAACUGGCCUUGUACCUCCCCGAGAACCAAGUGUUACCUCACUACAGACGCCUCACCCAGCAGUUCUAGCCCAAACGUGCACCCCACAGGGAGGCUGCUUUGGCAAGAAGGCUAGUAACUUGGCUAGAGCACUGACUAGUGUCCCUGCCCCUCCUCCAGUAACUGCACUUGCCCCUCACAGCCCAAGAAGCUCUUGGCUUCCUUGCGCUGCACACCUCCAUCUUGAGACCUUGUUGAGGAUUUUCCUGAAGCAAAUGAACAGUGUGGGGCCUGGUUUGCUUUUCAUAUGCCUGAGACCAGCCUGGUUUAUGUUGUGAAUCCAGAGGUCCAGCCUUCAUUUUGUCUAGCCAUGAAACCAUUCCUGUAGAGACCUUCUGAACAUGCUGCAAUUGCCAGGCUUCUGGUGCAUCCACCCAUCAGCACUUUUUUUAUUUUUGGUUGAUACAGGGAAGGGCAGAUACCUUGACCCAUUCUGAGUCUGCUCACCCUGGACCUUGUUAAAGCAUCUGCCACUGUGAAAUCCCUGCGCCAUCACAUGCACAGCAGUGCUUGGCCACCACCAACCCCUGCCUCCUGCCAGCACUUUUCCCUGCGUUACUACACUGUUGACAACCACUGACUGUGGGCUCUUGACUUUCCUAAGCAAUAUCAUGAUGGAAAAAAGGUAUUCUAACUUUAGAUUUGGUCUCUAUGGGAACAGAAGCUGACCCAUUAAGACCUGCUGCUGACUCUGAACCACACUUGAUCCUGCUACCUAACAUCAAUGAGUAGAUGUCAUCUAGGCCAGCUUGCCUAUGUACUGACUGACUGCCACUGUCUCCCUGCUGACUGACACAAGAGCCAACAUCCUCCACUGGCAGAUGCCAGUCCAACACCUCUCAAGUGCUUGGUUCCACAGCCUCAAGUUCCAGAAAUGCUCACCCUCAAGCCUAACAAAGCCCAACCACCCAGGCCUAGUGGGUCAGUAAUAGCUUAAACAGCAACUUUGAAGGACAGUAAAUACCAGUCUUAUCCUACCCAUGCUUAUGCUGGUAUAAGCAUGCCAUGUCCUCAGAGCAUCUUUGAGGAAGACAGGUCAUCUUCAGGGCAGCCCCAUCAUUUUGUUUAAAAUGAAUUCUUAGAUACGGCUGACUGGGCUGGCAAAUAAUUUCAGCUAUAUUUAUGUAGUAAGGCGUAUUUUACCAAGCUGGUCUGCUGUUAGGCCUUCCCUCCCUGCCCUCGACAAGAGCUGCUGAUGUGUGGUAUUGAGCCCCGUUACAACAAAGCCAACCCUUAAACUAAAUACAGCAUCCUAUAGACUUGAGUCCAGAAACUUGAGGUAUAUCCAUGGUGUCCAGCUGGACUGUGACCCAAUGCCACAGACCUGGUGCUGCACCCUCAGCACUCAACAGGACACAGCUGUGUCAGACCUCAGAAUGUUGUUUAUGUCCAGUAGGUUUUGAAUGGAAGGUGUUAAAAUGUUUUUGUUAAAGUAAAACUUGUUUUUGCAACAUA